UGUUGUGUUGUCGUCACGAUCGUCGCGUUCCUAGCUCAGGGAAUACAUGUAGCUCCGCUGGUACACACUUAACAGUUCGACAGUUCGCUUAUCGGGUGCGAAAGGUUUGUCGAUAAGGUGGAGUGCGCGCGCGCAGCGAGUCAGUGCCGCGAGCGACGCCGGCGCACAAGCCCAUCUCAGCUGACCGCGGUCAAACGCUGAAAAACGAGAUUCGUAACGUGUUUGAAAACUUAAAUCAAUAUUAUACAAGUGAUAUGUGCCUGAACCACCGCUGCCGGCCAGUGUUUACCAAACUGAGGUGUUGUGACAAAGAUUGCUUUUACUUUAACUUGUGCGGUUAAAUCGAGACGCCUUACAGUUUACGCAGUUAUAAAUCAUCACAAUGGCAAUGAAGGAGUGGCUCCAGUGGCUGCCGCCGCCGCGCUCGCUGCUGGCGCUGCUGCUGGCUGUGGCCGGCUUCAGCGGGCGCCUGUUCGCGUCCCACUUCACUCACUCGCCCACCCUGCUGGUGGACACGUGCCACUCGCUCUGUCGGCUCGUCGGCCUGGUCACCACACUGAUCUCAUACAAAUACGAGCGUGCAGACGAGGGCGCAGGUCGUGAAGGCCGGCUCCGCAACACGUUCGGCUGGGCGCGCAUCGAGGUGGUCGGCCGGCUCUCCGUGCACGUGCUCUUCGCCUCCUUCGCGCUGGCGCUAGUCGUCAACGCGCUGCAGCUGGGCGUGCACUCCUCGCACGGACAGCCCCCAAGAUACCCUAGGGUCAUCGUCGGCAGUGCGGUUAUUGGCCUACUCCUGAAUGCUAUUAAUUAUAUGCUGCUAGCAGGUCGGGAGCUUAGCUACAGCCGUCGCCUCAGCGUCACGGAGGGUGGUGGAGUGGUGCUGAAGACAGGGUCUGGAGAACCGGUCCUCACGCACGCACCCACUGACAUCGCCAGCAGUUUGUUCGUGAUGGGAGCAGGUUUGACCUCCGAGUGGGAGCCGGUCGCCGCUCGCAUCGCCGACCCCGCGCUCUCUGCCUGCGCUGCCAUCGUACUCGUCAUAUUUAACUACCCUUUCAUGCGGUCAGCAGGACUGGUCCUCCUCCAGACGGUUCCUGAGGGUCUCGGCGCGUGCGAUCUGAAGGCCGCCGCCCUCCGCGUGCCCGGGGUUCUCGCUAUCCAUGAGCUGCACGUGUGGCAGAUGCACAGGGACAGAGUCGUCGCCACCGCACACAUCGCAUACGGAUCACACGAGGAUUAUUUGAAAAGUUCCGCAUUAGUUUGUGAUAUAUUCAAACGUCACGGCAUCGGUCUAGUCACACUGCAGCCGGAGUUCACACUCGCUUCUAUGCCAGGUACAGAAGAAGAAAAGAAGGCUCUAAUAGAUUUCGCGAAUCUAGGAUGUUCAUGCCCAUGUGCCAAGGAGUGCACCGCGCCGAGGUGCUGCGAGCCGCCACGACAACCCACCGUCACUCGUAUCUAGUUCAGGACAUUACGUGUUAAAAAAAAUAUACAAAGAUAUACAGAAACAUGUAUUAGUAAACUUGACCUAGAGACCUUAGACCUCUAGUUGAUGUAACACUUAUAUUAUUGCAAACGAAGAUUUUGACUAAACUUGUAGGCUCGUCGUAAAGUAUGUUAUUUUAACUACCUUAAUUGUAAAAGGACUGCCUUGUAAAUAAUAUUGAUAAGUUCUUAAUUAUAGGAGACAGAUGACGAAUAUAAACUGCGAAGCUAGGAUGUAUCGCACAACAAAGUAACGCAUUUUAGACGCAUGGCCGUAUUAAAUUGCCUUUUGUAUCUCCGACGUCCACAUUAGCCGAUGAAUAACUUAAAGAAUGUUAAUUCGGCCUUCUAUAUUGUAUUGAUAAUAAGUAAACAUAGCAGCUUGUGUCAUCCUUCGUUCCUGUUUCAAAAACUUAGGAUAAUGUUUUUGUAGUGAGAAAGUGUAACGUUUCGUAAGAAUGUUUUUAUAUCGACGUUGAACUUAAGAAUACAGCCAAAGAAGUUUGUUCGAGUCAUGCGGUAAGCGGCGAAAUUUCUAAUCGUGGUAAAUAACAAUGUCAGCAUACAACAGUGAAAGUGUAAUGAAUAAAAACAUGGUUCGCGCUACAUUGUCACUCGGCUGUGUUCGCAAGCCGCCGCUGACACCGAAAUCAUCAUAAUUCAACGUAAUGACGAGAGCUUGUUGUUAACGUAAAAAGGUAUUGUUAUGGAGCUAUUACGGUGACGAAAGUUACUCCGUUCGCAGUGAAAUUAUGUGCAAGUCGUAGAGUUCAUAGGGAGCCAAGUUCGUAGAGAUUAAAGUUUGCUUUAAUCAAUUCAAGAGUGCCUUACAAAUGUUAUUUAUGUUUAGUAACAUAUUUUUGGAAUGUAUAUUUUGAUUUACAAAUAAACACUGAGUUGAUAAAGAAAAGAAUAACGUAACGUUUUUAUAAAUUUAGAAAGAAUAUUAAUUCGUUUCGAUAGAUAGUUUGUAGAGUUUAUAAUUUUCAUAUAGGUGAUACCUAUAGUUUCAGAGGCGGCGUACAAAGCGACUGUGAUGUUCCUUUACAGUAUUAAUAUAGGAAAAGCUAGUUAAGAGAAUUUUAAUUUAGUGUAUUAUAUUGUUACCGUACAGUAAUGAUGUUAACAAAUAAUAAUAGCUCGUAAGUGUUUGUGUACAAAGUUUUGUUGACUAUUGAUUUGAAGACAAAUAAAUUAAUUAACAUUU